CCCGAAAAUGGGAGGGAACAUUUCCCGCCAACCUUCUCUCUCUAGAAAACUCUCCCUCUCUCAAACCCUAGCACCAUCACCUCGACACCCACCUCCACUGCACUCUUCUGCACAUCCAUGGCGGAGACCCCAAAGAAACCCCUCCGUUCCCCGAGAAAAUCUAAACUCCAAUCCCAAUUCAACUCCAAACCCUCACCUUCUCUCACCCCCGUGACCCCGCGAAACCUAUCCCCUCGCAGAUCCACCCGGCGAACCUCUCUACAUUUCAGUCCGAACACUCCCCACAAACUCAUCAAACGUACUGAAAUUUCCAAUGAAGACUCCGCAAGAACCCCAAGAAAUGUUAACAACAUCGCGGACAGAUCUGCUCCGAUCAAUAAAGCCGAAGAACUGGGUGCAUAUUCCCCCAGAAAUGCGAACUUGGUUAAAGCACCGACGUCCGCGAAAAGAAGUGGAAAAUCGAGACGCAAAGAUGGUGGAGAUUUCGUCGAAGUUGAUGUAUCGUUCUCGCCGGUGUCACCAGACCAGUCGGAGUCGACUAGGAGGAAGAGGAAGAGGGGGGGCGAGAGGGAGGUGGUCACGAGAGCAAUGGCUUCUUUGAAGUCCGAGAUGAAGAGCGACUCGGUACCGCCACGGAGGCGGGCCAAGAGGCGGGUGUAUUAUAAGAAAGUGGUGUAUGAUGGGGGCGAAUUUGAGGUGGGGGAUGAUGUGUACGUAAAGAGGAGGGAGGGAGCAAACUCGGAUGAUGAGGAGCCGGAAAUGGAAGAGUGUAGGGUGUGCUUUAAGACCGGCAGAGCUUUGAUGAUUGAGUGCGAUGAUUGUUUAGGUGGGUUUCAUUUGAAGUGCUUGAAGCCACCAUUGAAGGAGGUGCCCGAAGGGGAUUGGAUAUGCGGGUUUUGCAGGACUCGCAAAUCAGGCAAAGACGUUGAGAUGCCAGUACCGCCAGAGGGGAAGAAGCGGGUGAGAACAAUGAGAGAGAAGCUGCUUUCGAGUGAUUUGUGGGCUGCCCGUAUAGAGAGCAUAUGGAAAGACGUGGAUGGUAGCUUUUGUUGCCAGGUGCGUUGGUAUAUGAUCCCGGAAGAGACUGCAGCUGGAAGACAACCUCAUAAUUUGAGGAGGGAGCUUUAUCGGACGAAUGAUUUUGCUGACAUUGAGAUGGAAUCUAUUCUUAGACAGUGCUCUAUCAUGAAUCCUAAAGAAUAUGCCAAGGCCAAUAAUGAAGGGGAUGACGUUUUCCUAUGUGAAUAUGAAUACAACAUUCAUUGGCACAGUUUCAAGUGUCUUGCUGAUAUUGAUAAUGGUGAAGAGGAUGGCGAAGAAGCUGACAGUGAUGAAGAUUGGAAACUGUGCAAAGAUUCAGAUUCUGGUACUGAUGAAGACAUUGAAUAUGAGGAGGAGAACUUAAAGAAUUUACUAAACAAACUAUCCCCGCCUCACGUGUUGGCUGCAAACUCGAGGAAGGGGCAAUUCUUUGGGCUUCAAAAGAUAGGGACCAAGAAAAUCCCAGAGCAUGUAAGAUGCCACAAGCAGACUGAACUUGAACGAGCAAAGGCAACACUUUUGUUGGCAUCAUUGCCCAAAUCUCUACCUUGCCGGAACAAAGAAAUGGAGGAGAUAACUACAUUCAUUAAAGGUGCUAUUUGUGAUGAUCAAUGUUUGGGACGUUGCCUCUACAUACAUGGUGUUCCUGGAACUGGCAAGACAAUGAGUGUAUUAGCAGUAAUGAGGAGUUUGAGGUCCGAAGUUGAUGCAGGAAGUGUGAGACCCUACUGUUUUGUGGAUAUUAAUGGUCUAAAGCUGCCAUCCCCAGAGACUAUAUACAGGGUUAUAUAUGAAGCGUUGAGUGGGCACAGAGUCAGUUGGAAAAAGGCUCUCCAGUCGCUCAAUGAACGAUUUUCGGAUGGAAAGAAAAUUGGAAAAGAAGAUGACCGACCUUGUAUUCUGCUCAUUGAUGAACUUGAUCUUCUUGUAACCAGAAAUCAGUCGGUUUUAUACAACAUCCUUGAUUGGCCUACUAAACCACAUUCCAAAUUGAUUGUGAUAGGGAUAGCAAAUACCAUGGAUCUUCCUGAAAAGUUGCUUCCUCGUAUUUCAAGCCGUAUGGGUAUCCAAAGGCUUUGCUUUGGCCCCUAUAACCAUCAGCAACUUCAAGAAAUUAUUUCCAGUCGCCUUAAGGGUAUUGAUGCAUUUGAAAAACAAGCAAUAGAAUUUGCAUCAAGAAAGGUUGCAGCAAUUUCAGGAGAUGCGCGUCGUGCUCUGGAGAUAUGCAGGCGUGCAGCAGAAAUAAAAGAUUAUCAUAUCAAGAACCUAAUCUCAACUAAUAAUUCCAUUUCUUCAGGAAAAUCACUCGUUGGCAUGGCUGAGGUUGAAGCAGCUAUCCAGGAGAUGUUCCAGGCUCCUCAUAUUCAGGUAAUGAAGAGUAGUUCCAAACUGAGUAAAAUUUUUUUGACAGCUUUGGUGCAUGAGCUUUAUAAAACAGGAAUGGGCGAAACUACCUUUGAAAAGUUGGCAAUGACUGUAUCAUGUCUCUGUACAAGCAAUGGAGAAGCAUUCCCUGGAUAUGACACACUCUUGAAAGUUGGCUGUAAGCUUGGUGAAUGCAGAAUUAUUUUAUGUGAAUCUGGUGCUAAGCACAGACUCCAAAAGCUGCAGCUCAAUUUUCCAAGUGAUGACGUGUCAUUUGCAUUGAAAGACAGCAAGGAUGUUCCUUGGUUGGCAAAGUAUCUAUAAUUCAAGACUCCGGCAAUACAAACAGAACAGUUUUGGCCUUGGUCUUCAUUACUUUAUUCUAAACUUCUAUUCAUUUACGUUAUUUCCAGAUUGGAAACUCACAAUAUCUUUGUUUCCUUCUCUUAAUUCUAAUAAACACAAGUUUAUCGGGAGAAGGUGUAUCUUGUUUUCUGAGGCAUUGCUAUAUUCCUAUUGGAAACUGUAUGAAACAAACUGAGCAAAAUCUGAGGUGAACUUCUGUUUCUGGACUA